AUAAAACAUUGAGCUCAUUUUCACGUAUAAACAUUUGUUUAACCGGACGUUGUUCGCUGUUGUAGCGGCACUUGUUAUUCGUCCUCGUGAUGAAGCUUAACAUAGCAUUUCCGUCCAAUGGGACUCAAAAGUGUAUCGAAAUCGAUGAAGAACUUAGACUUCGUCCAUUUUAUGACAAGCGUAUGUCUCAUGAGGUUCCAGUUGAUUUUCUGGGGGAAGAAUGGAAAGGAUACAUAGUACGCAUAACUGGUGGGAAUGACAAACAAGGCUUUCCUAUGAAGCAAGGAGUUUUGACUAAUGGCCGUGUCAAGUUGCUGUUAAGCAAAGGGAGUUCAUGUUAUCGUCCUAGACGUAAAGGAGAACGACGUCGUAAGAGCGUACGUGGUUGUAUAGUUGAUAGUAAUUUAAGUGUCCUUAAUCUGGUUGUUGUACGCAAGGGAGAUAACGAUAUCCCCGGUUUAACCGAUGUCACUAUUCCUCGACGCCUUGGACCAAAGAGAGCUUCGAAAAUUAGGAAGUUGUUUAAUCUAUCAAAAAAGGAUAAUGUAUGUCAGUUCGUUGUACGAAAGCCUGUCGCUGCUAAAGAUGGAAAGAAAGAACGUUCUAAAGCUCCAAAAAUUCAGCGUUUAACAACACCCUUAAGAUUGCAGCGCAAACGUCAUAGGCAUGCACUGAAGCGCCAGCGCAUAGAAACCCGCAAAAAGGCACAAGAAGAAUACGCUAAACUGCUUGCUCAGCGUCGAAAACAAGCUCGCGAUGAGCGUGCAGAGCGCAAACGUUCACGAAGUCAAUCUUUACGGGAGUCGAAAGGACAGUCAUCAAGUUCAUCAUAAAAUUGUGUAAUUACAAAUAAAUGUAUGGAUAAACUUGUAUGUUUUC